AUGGCAACUCACAAUGUUGCUCCAUCUUCUUCAUUUCACCCUCACUUAUAUACCAACAUCACUUUCAAUCAUGCUCCGUCAAGAUUAGAUUGCAUAUUUGAUAUCAUUUACAUCAUUCCUCGUGAAGCGUUUGUCGAUAUCAACCAACUGAACGACUUGAAAAUCAGCAAGCAUGUCGUUGUCCUUAAUGAAACAGAUCUAGAAGCGCCGGUAGAAGUUGCUGUUCGAGGUGGAAAUGUAGUGGCCAUACGCUAUGAAGCAGACGACUACCUUAUGCUACUUGGCCAGCAAGUCAGCAUUGAUUUGCCGCUUCAUAUGCGGUAUCAAAAACCAGAUUCGCUGUGGACUCACCAAACCGUCACAAUACCCGUACCGAAAGUAGGCUGGACCUGUCUCAUUGAUCCUCCACAAAAGCCAUCCUCUAUACCACCAUUACCUUCUAUUGAUUUUCAUUUGGAACGAGACAGCCGAACCACCUUUGACGAAAUUGAAAGCACCGCUGUCGGCAACAUGACCGUCAGUGUCCCGGUGGGUCGAACCGAUGAUAUUUAUACCGUUCAAACAGGAACCUUCAUCACCGUCACUUUAGGCUCUCUGUGGAUAGCAUACUCUAUAUACCGAGCUGUCGUCAAACGGAAAAGAACGGAAGCAAAAGGCAAAAGAAGGAAAUCGGAAUAG